CUGUGCUGUUAGGACAAUGGAAAAGACUGCCUCUAAAUAUACGACGUUCUUAUACGGACAGUGGAAAGGUCACGACGAUGACAUUACAGCAUUAAGCUUCCACCCACAAAAUCAUACAUUGGUAUCGAGUAGCCUGGAUACAGAGUUAGCAUUGUGGAAACUAAAUGAUUUGAGUUAUAAAAGAUUUGAAGCCCACACAUCCCCUAUAUUAGAUGUAUGCUAUUCACCAGAUGGUAACUCUAUAGCUAUUGCUUCUACAGAUAAAUCUAUCAGAAUUUGGAACUUCGAAGAUCACUUAAAUUUCACAGAAUACAGAGGUCAUCGUUCUUUCGUCAGAUCGGUACAAUUUAGUCCAAAGGGAGAUAAGUUUGUUUCCGGGUCAUUUGACAAAAAUGUAUUGCUUUGGGAAACUUAUCGUGAAAACUACUUCAAGGUAUUUAGUGGACAUACACAUUGGGUCACAUGCGCUAAAUUUUCUCCCGAUGGAAAACUUUUACUAUCAUGUAGCAAUGACAAAACAAUAAAAAUAUGGGACAUUUCCAGCGGACAAUGUGUCACAACUUUUAAUAUGAAAGUUUCCGCUAGAUAUGUAGAGUUUCAUCCAACCGAUACAAUUAUCGGAUCAGCAAACGUGGAUGGGGGUAUUAAAUUGUUUGAUCUAAGAACAAAUUCUUCGUAUCAGCGUUGCAUUCAUGACGGACGUGUAAAUAUGAUCAGAUUUCAUCCAAAUGAGAAGUUUAUAUUAACAGCGUCUGAUGAUUACUCAGUGAAGAUUUUAGAUAUUUUAAACGGUCGUCUAAUUAAUUCUCUCAAGGAACAUAAGGAUAAGGUAACAUGUAUAGCAUUUUCAAAUAAUGGUGAGCUUUUUGCUUCUGGUAGCACGGAUCGACAAAUUCUAGUAUGGAAGUGUGAUGAUGAUUUAUAUAUGGAUGGUCAAAGUAGAAAGAGUUCUACGUUGCAGUCAGUGCCUUCUGCAACGGCAAAUAGGAACUUGAAGCCGAGCUUUGUCAAGCAAAAAUUUGACGAUGGGAAUGAAAGACCGAAUAGUGACGAAUAUAUGCAUGAACAAUUUGACUACGCGAACGAAAAAUCGAAAAGAGACGAAGAAGAAAAUAAAGAAAAUGAAGAUAAAUAUAUAAGAAGAGUAUACGAGAACCUAAUCCAAAAAAAUGUAAUAUAA